AUGGGCUUCGCCAGCAGAUUCAGAAACAAGAGCACCGUCUCUGAAGUCGCUACCAGUGUCGAACGCACCGAGAGCCAUGGCGAAGAUGUCUCACGUGCUGAUUUCCACCUUCGACGCAUGAAGGAUCAGCAUCGAUGGGAUCCCUUCAUGGACCACGAGAAGAUUGAUGCUGUCGACAGCGCCAUUGCCUCUGGAGACCCUGAAAAGGAGGCCGCCGUCGAGGUAUCCAUUCUUGAGGAAGAUUCGCCGUACUUGGAAGUCCGCUCCUCGGUCAAACCGACCGACGACGCGAGCCAGUAUGUCGACACCAUUCGCGCCUGGUCCAUUGGCUUUCUCAUCUGUACAAUCGUUGGCGCCAUGAACGUUCUCCUCUAUGAGCACUACCUCCAAGUUUCCAUCACCAGUCCUGUCGUCCAGCUCAUCGCAUACCCUCUCGGCACUGCUUGGGCAAAGUUCAUGCCCAACGCCAGGAUUUUUGGAGCUCAGCUUAACCCCGGCCCUUUCAACAAGAAGGAGCACACGCUCAUCACCAUGAUGGCUGCUGCGGGAACGACAAUCAGCUACGCCAUUUCCAUUUUGAUUGCACAGCAAAUUUUCUACGGUCAGGCUUGGGGAUGGGGCUUCCAAAUCCUCUUGAUCAUGUCAACCCAGGCCAUGGGUUUCGGACUUGCCGGUGUCAUGCGCCGCUUCUUGAUUUGGCCCGCUGCCAUGGUUUGGCCUGCGACUCUCAUCACUUGCUCCGUCAUGGACGGUCUGCACUCCAGAGGUUCCGUAGAUCCUGUCCACGGCUGGACGAUGGGUCGAUACAAGUUCUUUAUGAUCGUUGCCGGCGGCACCUUCCUUUGGUCUUGGAUUCCUAACACCAUUGCCCCGUUCGUCGGAAUGCUUGGACUGUUCCCCACGUGGAUUGCCCCCAACAAUGUUGCAGUCAACCAGGUCUUUGGUGGAAGGAACGGCCUCGGCUUCAUUCCAGGAACUCUGGAUUGGAGUGGCGUUGCAGGCUUCUUUGGUAAUCCUCUGCAGUUCCCUUCCUUUGCCUUGUGGAACUCCCUCUUUGGUGCGCUCGUCAUCCUGGUCUGCGGAUACGCCGUGGCAUUUGGAGGUGCAGAGUUCUAUCGCUAUCUCCCGUUGAGCGCAAACAAGAACUUUGACCACUUUGGCUUAGUAUACAACACGUCGAGGAUUCUGAACAAGGACCUCACCUUGAAUGUCGAGGCAUACGAGGCAUACUCGCCUCUUUUGAUUGGCCCAGUAUUCACGAUGGCAUAUGCCUUGGGCUUCGCUGCACUCAUGUCUACCGUUGUACACGUUGCUCUCUUCUACGGAAAGGACAUCUGGCGCCGUACCAGGAAUGCCAAGUAUGAAGAGCCCGACGUUCAUUUGAAGCUCAUGAGAAAGUAUCCUGAGGCCCCUGAAUGGUGGUUCUUGUCUGUCUUUGUCGUUUCCUUUGCCUUCGCCUUGGCCGCUUCUCUUACUUGGGACACCAAACUGACAUGGUGGGGCUUCAUCCUCUGUGUCAUCAUGGGUGUCGUCAUGAUCCUCCCCGUCGGAAUUAUCCAAGCCAUCACUAGUCAGCAAACCGGCCUCAACAUCAUCACCGAGUUCAUUGUCGGAUACAUGCUACCUGGCAGACCUGUUGCGAUGAUGCUGUUCAAGAGCUGGGGUUACAUGCUCAUGGCCAACGGCCUCACCUUUGUCUCGGAUAUGAAGGUCGGACACUAUAUGAAAAUCCCUCCCAGAUCCAUGUUCCGUGCCCAGUUCUUCGCUGUUGUUUGGCUGUCGCUUGUCCAAGUCGCAACUUUCAAUUUCCUUCUGGGCAACAUCCCCGAGUUCUGCUCCGAUGAUCAAAAGCAAGGUUUCACCUGUCCGGGUGCUCGUACUUUCUACAACGCCAGUGUUAUCUGGGGAGUUGUUGGUCCCAAGCGAAUGUUUGGUCCCGGAGCUCUGUUCUCAUGGAUUAACUGGUUCUGGCUGGUUGGAUUUGUCUGCACAGUCGCCCACUGGCUUAUUGCCAGAAGAUACCCGCGCAGCAUCGCCCGCUACGUCUACUUCCCUGCGAUCUUCAGCAUUGGUGGUAUGAUUCCUCCUGCUACGCUCUGGAACCUGUCCAACUGGCUUGUUGUCGGUUGCCUGUUCAACAUCUACAUCAUGAGAAAGUACAAGGGCUGGUGGUCCCGCUACACCUACGUCCUGGCUGGUGCCCUCGACGUCGGCAAUGCAAUCUGCAUCGUAUUGUUUGCCUUGGGCCUUGGACUGUCGGCCAAGUCUUUUCCAUCUUGGUGGGGAGUCACUGUCGUUGACGAGACCAUUGACGCGACAAGAAUGGCACGGACCAGGAUCCCCCCUACAGAUGGCACGUUUAUCGGGCCACCUGCAGGAAGUUGGUAG